GCACUACGCACAGCACGGAAACCCAUAUAUUAGAUCGCACAUAAUGAGAAAAGCCUAGCAGUCUAUAAAGUACAGGGGCGGAUGAGGGGGAGGGGAUUUUUGCAUUACGCGUACAGUAUGAGUGGCAAGCCUAGUCCGUUCCUUCGCGCACAAUGAACUGUAGACUACAGCUGGCUGUUACGUGUAGUCUAUGAGACCGGGCUGGGCUACAGGAGGAACAAAAAAGUGACAGUUUACUGUGGUGGUUUUACCUACAGCUUUAAAUCGGCCACCUAAUCUGCUAUGGCAGCGAUCAUGGGACUCUCAAAUCCAGUUCGGAAAGAAGGAAUAAAAUGUGUUGAUAUGUGGACACGCACUGGCGGCGCGCUCGGUGGUCGUGUUUGAUGUAACCUACCUUUGACAGGUACUGGUCAGAGUUCGUGCAGACGUGUCGAACCAAGCACUGUUGUAGAACCGAGCAAGAAAGCGUACUGUUUGGGGCCAGAAACUGUGGCCCAAAGCUUCGAGGCCAUGAAUUGCUUCAAAAGGCGUUUUGGACAGGAUGUGGAGAAACAGGACCAAAAGCUGUCAAAACCAAGAUGGGAUACCCCCAAAAACAAGGUGCCCACAGACCGGACCAUGGUGGUGGGUGGCAGGCAAGGUGGGGGCGGUAAAGGUUCCAACCGUUCAGGACGUACCCUGAGGAAACGGCGCCAGCGCUACGUGGAGAAGGACGGCAAGUGUAACGUGCAUCAUGGCAACGUGCGCGAGAAAUAUCGCUACAUGACAGACAUCUUCACUACCCUGGUGGACCUGAAGUGGCGCUUUAACCUGCUGGUGUUCACCCUGGUCUACACAACCACCUGGGUGUUCUUCGGUCUCAUCUGGUGGCUCAUCGCCUACAUCCGCGGAGACCUGGACCACACCGACGAUGGAGAAUGGAUCCCCUGCGUCAACAACCUCAACGGCUUCGUCUCCGCCUUUCUCUUCUCCAUCGAGACGGAGACCACCAUUGGCUACGGCUACCGGGUCAUCACUGAUAAAUGCCCAGAGGGAAUUCUCCUGCUUUUAGUCCAGGCCAUCCUGGGCUCCAUCGUCAAUGCCUUCAUGGUGGGAUGCAUGUUCGUCAAGAUCUCCCAGCCAAAGAAGCGAGCCGAGACGCUCAUGUUCUCCCACAAGGCGGUGAUCUCUGUGAGGGACAGCAAGCUGUGUCUGAUGUUCAGGGUCGGAGACCUGAGGAACUCGCACAUCGUGGAGGCCUCCAUCCGAGCCAAGCUGAUCCGCUCCAAGCAGACCAAGGAAGGGGAGUUUAUCCCUCUCAAUCAGACGGAUAUCAAUGUGGGCUUCGAUACGGGGGACGACAGGCUCUUCCUGGUGUCGCCACUCAUCAUCUGUCACGAGUUCAACGAGGGCAGUCCCUUCUGGGAGAUCUCACAGGAACAGCUGGAGAGAGAGGAGUUUGAGGUAGUGGUCAUCCUGGAGGGCAUGGUGGAAGCCACAGGGAUCAAACCCAAUCAGGCCUUGAAGUGGGAUUUGCCUGAAGUAGGAAAGAGUUUGCUGUUAAUCUCUCAGGUGCUUAAAGAAUGGGAGCUUCUGCAACGUAGAUGCAGGGAGUGUCACACCCUGGCCUUUGUUAUAUUGAUUUUCUUUAUUAGUUUAGUUAGGUCAGGGUGUAACAUGGGGGAUGUUUGUGUGUUUUGUCUAGUUUAGGGUGUGUGUAUUGUUUAGGGGGUUUUGUAGUAGAUAUGGGGUAGUGUUCAGUGUAGGUGUUUAGGAAAGUCUAUGGUUGCCUGAUUUGGUUCUCAAUCAGAGACAGCUGUUUAUUGUUGUCUCUGAUUGGGAGCCAUAUUUAAGGCAGCCAUAGGCUUUAGGUGUUUGUGGGUACUUGUCUAUGUUUAACGUUUGUAGCUUGUGUAUGCACUAACGUUUGUAGCUUCACGGUCGUUUUGUUGUUGUUUUGUUAGUUUGUCUAAGUGUUUGGUUUCGUGGUUUCAUCUUUUAAUAAAGAGAUGUAUUCAUAUCUGUAACGGCAGUCCUCCUCCUCUUCAUCUGAAGAGGAGGAGUAUUGAGGGAACCAAGGCGCAGCGUAGUGAAAUGACAUAUUUUAUUAACGAAAACACGAACUUGACUAAACUAACAAAAACAACAAACGGUGUAGACAGACCUAGACGACGUACUUACAUAAAACAAGAAAAACGCACGAAUAGGAAACAUAGGCUACACAAACCGAACAAACCGUAAACAGUCCUGCAUGGUGUACAGACACAGACACGGAAGACAAUCACCCACAACGAACACUGUGAAAAGGCCUACCUAAAUAUGACUCUUAAUUAGAGGAACGCCAAACACCUGCCUCUAAUUAAGAGCCAUACCAGGCAACCCAUAAACCAACAUAGAAACAGAAAACAUAGAAUGCCCACCCAACCUCACGUCCUGACCAACUAACACACAUAACAAACUAACAGAAAUAGGUCAGGAACGUGACAGUAUCCCGCUGCGCCUUGGUCCGCUUAUAUUGACUAUCGUGACAGGGAGUUAGGAAGCAAGUGCAGUUGGUGAGUUUAAUAAGGAAGAACAUGACGAUAUACAAAACAAGAGUAGCGUACUGGGAAUGAAAACCAAGACUGCCUGAAGACUGAGGCUACUGAGGGCUAAAUAAAAGGGAAGUAAUCAAGGUACUGAUGAAGUCCAGGUGCACAUAAUGAUGGGGAGCAGGUGUGCGUAAUGAUGGUUGCCAUGUGUGAUGCUUCAUGAAAAUACAUAGGCUAAUUGGUAUGUUGAUUGUAUAUUAAAAAUCAUCAUCAGGUACAGUAUGUAGGUAUCCCACUGUAUACAUGAUACCAUUGAUACAAUUGGCAGUAUUUUUUAUUCAUUCAGCGUGCAGUUUACAUUCUAAGAAUUACAGCAAAAUCAUUAUAAUGUGAUACAUUUGCUGCAAGUGAAAUGCAAAUUAACUUAUAUACAUAUACAUUAUGGCCGCUGAAAAAAAGAACUGUUGAUACAUUGCAAGGUUGUGAAUCCUCCAACCCGCAACCCCUUACUUCUCUUAAUAUCAGUGUGUGUGUGUGUGUGUGUGUGUGUGUGUGUACAUUGGUCUGUCUGCCUUGAUAUACCCCUGGUGCUGGCUGUGCAUGGUCUGUCGGUUUGUUUCAGCAUUCCUGUGGAUAAUAUGUACUGUAAUUGAUGUGGCUCUUCACGGUUUACUUGAGCAGAGGAUGAAAAUACUCACAAGCUAUUUAUAGGCAAUCCACGUAUAAAUAUUCAGAAAGGUGUGUGUGUGUUUUUAUCUGUGUGCGUUUCUGCAUCUGUGUGUUUGAUGUGUGUACACAUGUGUGAUUGAAAGAGAAGAUGCACAUCUCUGUAUUAGAACCACUCGUCAGCCUAUUUCCUUUUCCCCGGUGAGUUCCUGUCUCUCUCUCUUGUCUCAGUUGUUUUAGUACAACCCUGGAAACCCUGCUAAAAUGUUUGCUCAAUGAAAGGAGUACAGCUCAUUUAAAGUCAGGAAGACAAAGCAUAGUGAAUCUUAAUUAGAUCCUCAAAUCACACCGACGCAGCUUGAAUCCGGGUCUUAAUAUAGUUCCAUGACAAGGGCUUUUUUUUUAACAUUUAGAUUAUACCCAAUCACACAGUCGUUUCAAGUUCCUAUCCUCUAUUUCAUGUAUGUAAUGUCUGUCUCCCUCCCCCUUUCUCUCUCCAGGAAUGACAUGCCAGGCGCGCAGCUCCUACCUAGACUCAGAGGUCAUGUGGGGGGAGCGCUUCACCCCUGUGCUCUCCCUAGAGGAGGGCUUC